UGGGAGAUUCCAUAAGGUGGAGUUAGCAGAGGGCGUAGGGCGGAGACCGUCGAGAGUCCUGGGGCGCCUCUGUCCGUCUCUCCCCCUUGCCUCCCGCUUUCCAAGACGUGUCCCACCCGCAGGCCGUUUAGAUGCUGCGAAAUGCGAGUCCGAUCCUCUCCCGGGUGGCCAGUCUUUCCGUAGGUUUCGGCACAACGCGGGGCAAGAGAAGAGGAACGAAAUUAACCCCGAUCGGUGAAGGUCGAUUUGAGGGUCUGCUGUAGCAGGUGGCACCACUUGAAGAGAGGGAGGAAGGUUCCCUGGAUCAGUCGAGGCUAAGGGAGAGGCGCAGGCAUGUGCAUGUUUUGGAUGGACUAGAGGGUCAGAGAGGUUAAAAAAAUGCCAGUCGGAUUGUGAAUCAGGAAAGCUGACACAGGAACAGGGUACUAGCUGUCCAUGGAGCCCUCAGUCCUCACUGGCUCUGGUCUCUGCAGAUCCGAAGGGUUGUUGGGCGUGGCACACCUCCAGGGGAGGGAAGAAGGAGCAAACUGCCCUGUCUUGUGGAGGUCCACCUCCAGUAUCAGCCGUUGUGGACUUAAAGUGGCUGAAGACCACCACCCUCCACAGGCUUGAAUCCAAGCCCGCAACCAUCCUCCCCCGGCCUGAGUGACUACUCUGUUCCUUGGUCCCUGCUAUUGUCAGGGACGAUUGCAUGGGCUACGCUAGGAAAGUAGGCUGGGUGACUGCAGGACUGGUGAUUGGGGCUGGUGCCUGCUAUUGCAUUUAUAGACUGACCAGGGGAAGAAAACAGAACAAGGAGAAAAUGGCUGAGGGUGGGCCCGGGGAUAUGGAUGAUACUGGCGACUGUUCUGGGGGCAGGUACAACGACUGGUCUGAUGAUGAUGAUGACAACAGUGAGAACAAGGGUGUCAUAUGGUACCCACCUUGGGCCCGGAUUGGGACUGAGGCCGGGACCAGAGCUAGGGCCAGGGCCAGGGCCAGGGCCACCCGGGCACGUCGGGCUGUCCAGAAACGGGCUUCCCCCAAUUCAGAUGAUACUAUUUUGUCUCCUCUAGAGCUGCAAAAAGUUCUUUGCUUGGUUGAAAUGUCUGAAAAACCUUAUAUUCUUGAAGCAGCUUUAAUUGCUCUGGGUAACAAUGCUGCUUAUGCAUUUAACAGAGAUAUUAUUCGAGAUCUGGGUGGUCUCCCAAUUGUUGCAAAGAUUCUCAAUACCCGCGAUCCCAUAGUUAAGGAAAAAGCUUUAAUUGUUCUGAACAACUUGAGUGUGAAUGCUGAAAAUCAGCGCAGGCUUAAGAUAUACAUGAAUCAAGUGUGUGACGACACAGUCACGUCUCGCUUGAACUCAUCUGUGCAGCUGGCUGGACUAAGACUGCUUACAAAUAUGACUGUUACUAAUGAGCAUCAGCACAUGCUUGCUAAUUCCAUUUCAGACUUUUUUCGUUUAUUUUCAGCAGGAAAUGAAGAAACCAAGCUUCAGGUUUUGAAACUCCUUUUGAAUCUGGCUGAAAAUCCAGCCAUGACUAGAGAACUGCUCAGGGCCCAAGUACCGUCUUCACUGGGUUCCCUCUUUAAUAAGAAGGAGAACCAAGAUAUUAUUCUUAAACUUUUGAUCAUAUUUGAGAAUAUAAAUGACAAUUUUAAAUGGGAAGAAAAUGAACCUACUCAGAACCAUUUCAGCGAAGGUUCACUUUUUUUCUUUUUUAAAGAAUUUCAAGCAUGUGCUGAUAAGGUUCUGGGAAUAGAAAGUCACCAUGAUUUUUUGGUGAAAGUAAAAGUUGGAAAAUUCAUGGCCAAACUGGCUGAGCAUAUGUUUCCAAAGAGCCAGGAAUAACGUCUUGAUUUUGCAGUCUAGAAGUGAUGUGUAUUGUAAACUACUCCUUUUCUCCACCUUGUUUAUAUGGUAAAGGAAUCCUUUCAGCUGCCAAUUUUGAAUAAUGAACAUCAUAUUGUAUCAUCAACGCUGAUAUUUUCCAAGUUGGUCUUCAGGUUUAAGCUGGAUGAAUGAAUAUUAUACUUGUUCUGAAAACAUGUUUGUUGCUUUUUAUCUUGCUGCCUAGAUGGAAAUAUUUUUACUGUUUUCUCUGCAUAAGUGACAGUGAACCAAUUCAUCAUAAGUGAGCUCCUUUCUGUCAUUUGCAUUGACUUCAUUUGUGUCUCAUCAAUAAAAUUGUGUCUUAAUGCUGGAAAGAAAA